CUCUGCUUGAAACAAAUGAGGAUUUGGCUCCUCCUAUGGCUGGUCUUACUACUCGCACAUACCAACCCCUUCAGUAUAGGCACGGCUUUGGUCUCGGGGCAGUGUCUUGGCGAUCAGAAAUCGCUGCUGCUGGAAUUGAAGAAUAGCCUCAACUUCAAUGCUUCUUUGUCCAGGAAACUGAUCAAAUGGAAUCCAAGCAGUGAUUCUUGGGACGGCGUGACCUGCGAAGGUGGCCAAGUCACGGGUCUUGAUCUGAGCAACGAGGGCAUCACUGGUGGACUUGAGGAUUCAUCGAGUCUUUUCAGACUCAAUCAUCUUCAGAGGCUGAAUUUGGCUUACAACAGGUUCCAGUCUUUGGAGAUUCCAUCGGGGUUCAGUAAUCUCACCGAUUUGGUCUACCUGAAUCUUUCAAAUGCCGGGUUCGUAGGGCAGGUUCCAAUUUGGAUAUCACGUUUGACAAGGUUGGUCACUCUUGAUGCAUCCCUAAUUUAUUUUCCUGGGCCCAAUUCGCUGAAACUCGAGAAUCUGAAUCUAAAGAAGCUUGUUGGGAAUCUUAGCGAGCUGAGAGAGUUGUACCUUGAUGGAGUGAGCGUGUCUGCUACAGGCAAUGAUUUGUGCAAUGCCUUGUCUUCUUCGCUCCCGAAGCUUCGAGUGUUGAGCAUGAUGAAUUGCUAUUUAUCAGGUCCCAUUGACUCUUGCUCUUCCCUCGUGAAUCUUCCUUCUCUGUCGGUGAUUAACCUCAGCAACAAUAAUCUGUCUACCUCUGUCCCGGAGUUCUUUUCCCACUUCCACAAUUUAACUAGUCUGCAACUCAGUAAUUGUGGCCUGCGGGGAGAAUUUCCUCAAAAGAUCUUCCGGGUACAAACACUUCAGACACUUGAUCUAUCAGGCAACGAACUUCUUCAGGGUUCUUUGCCAGGAUUUCCGGAGGAUGGUUCUCUUCAGACACUGGUUCUUAGUUUCACGAAUAUUUCUGGGAGGCUCCCAGAUUCAAUUGGUAAUCUCAGAAAUCUGUCAAGAAUAGAAUUGGUGAAUUGCACCUUUGAUGGAAAUAUCCCAAGCUCUUUCACCAAUCUUUCCCAACUGGCUUAUUUGGACUUCUCAUUCAACAAUUUUACUGGUUCAAUUCCAUCACUCAGCAAGUCCAAGAAUCUGACACAAAUCACUUUGUCCCACAAUAAUCUAACUGGUCAGAUUAAUUCAACCCAAUGGGAAUAUCUCUCGAGUCUUCUUAUUCUCGACCUGCGAUUCAAUUCACUGAAAGGAGAUAUCCCUUCAUCUCUGUUCACAAUUCCAUCGAUUCAGAGGCUUCAACUUUCCAACAACCAAUUUUCUGGUCAAGUGAAGGGAUCUUUUAAUGCUACAUUGCACGAACUGGAUACACUUGAUUUGAGCAACAACAAUAUAGGAGGAGAACUUCCGAUGUCUAUAUGGGAACUCCGAGGGCUCAAGUACCUCUCACUUUCUUCCAAUAAUUUCAGCGGCUCAUUUCCCAUUAAUUUGGUUCAGCAGCUGAGAAAUCUUUGUUAUUUGGAUCUUUCCUACAAUCAUUUUAUCAUUAAUGCCACAAGUACUGCUUCCCAGGCGUCUUUCUUCCCUAACAUUACAACUUUAAAGUUGGCUUCUUGCCAGCUGAGUACUUUACCUGAGUUUCUGGCUGGGCAACGCCAGUUGAUAUAUAUAGACCUCUCUGUCAAUCAAAUUCAGGGCAAGAUACCAAAAUGGAUAUGGGAGCUUCAAAAUCUUCUGUAUCUCAAUCUUUCGUCCAAUUUGCUAGACGAUAUUGAAACACCGUUACCUAGUCUUACUUCGACUCUCACAGUUCUUGACCUCCGGAAGAACAGUCUCCGCGGACAAACGUUGCCUCUGCCGCCACUUGCCACAUACAUGGACUUCUCGAGCAACAACUUCACUUUAGCCAUUCCACCUGCUAUUGGUACGAACCUUUCUGUGGCAAUAUUCUUCUCCCUGUCCAACAACAACUUCCAGGGGUUUAUCCCAGAAUCAAUUUGCAAAGGUGAAUAUCUCGAGGUACUUGACCUAUCUCAUAAUAAUUUGACGGGAAAUAUUCCUGAAUGCUUAAUGAUGGAGUCUCUCAAGGUAUUAAAUCUGCGAAAUAAUGCCUUGGAUGGUAGCAUCAUCAAUUUCCCUGGAACAUGGGGUUUGAAGACUUUGGAUCUCAGUGGUAAUCGAUUACAAGGGAAGUUCCCAAAGUCAUUGGCAAAUUGCACAACUCUGGAGGUUUUAGACAUCGGAAACAACCAGAUUGAUGACGUGUUUCCAUGCCAAUUAAAGAGCAUUGCAAGUCUACGUGUCCUCCUUUUACGAUCCAACAAAUUCCAUGGAGAGGUUGGAUGUCCAGGGACUGAUGGCACUUGGAAGAUGCUUCAAAUUUUAGACAUAUCUUCCAACAAUUUCAGUGGCACUGUGCCUGCUCAAUGGCUCGCAAAUUGGGAGGCUAUGAAGGCUAAUGUAGACUUUAAUCACAUCCAAUAUCCUUUUCUUCGCUUAACGGGACUCUAUUAUCAGGACACAGUAAGCGUUACCAUCAAAGGUCUGGAAGUGGAGCUGGUGAAGAUUUUGACUCUUUUCACUUCAAUCGACAUCUCAUGCAACAAUUUAGAUGGCGCAAUACCUGAAACUCUGGGGGCUCUCAAAGCUCUUUAUGUCCUCAACUUAUCAAACAAUGGAUUCUCAGGGCCAAUUCCUCCAUCCCUAGGGCACCUGCAACAACUUGAGUCCUUGGACCUUUCAAGGAACGACCUCAAUGGGACGAUCCCCACACAGCUUUCCGACCUGAAUUUUCUUUCCGCCCUGAACCUCUCGUACAAUAAGCUUGUGGGAAGCAUCCCGGCAGUGAAACAAUUUCUCACCUUUUCAGCAACUUCCUUCGAAGGCAACAGCGGAUUGUGCGGACAGCCGCUGGGAACAAAAUGCCCAAAUAACAACAGCGGAUUGUGUGGACCCCUGCUGGGAACAAAUUGCGGGACGGAAGAAGCUGGUGACGAUGGCGACGACGAUGACAGCGAGAAGAAGUGGUUUUACCUGGGCACACCUCUUGGAUUCGUCGUUGGCUUCUGGGCAUUUUGUGGACCGUUGGCGUUUAUCAAAUCAUGGAGGUUGGCUUAUUACCGAUUCUGGGAUAAAGUGCUGUUCAGACACUCACGUCCAUGAAGAAUUCCACGGAGGUUCGUUUUUAAACUUGACAAAUUGCAUUUUCCUUUUUCUUCCCUUCAUAGUUCUUCAUCACCAAAGACAGGUUCUGCAUGUUGAUCAACAGAAAUCGUGCAAUUUGCUAGUUAAUUGUCAUGUAUAUUGACUUGAUCUUGCAACAAUAUUUGCGACUUAUGUCCGUCAUUGUUCUAGUUACUUAAUAACCACGUCAUCUAUUUAUGACUCAAAACUAAAUCAUAACGCGAUAAGAGAUAAUCUACUAUUAGGUCUGUGGAUGGUAAAAUUUCAUUUCAUUGGUAACUUACAA